CAUACACACGGGCUGUAAGAAAAGCAUUUUCCCGUCAUGGCUCCGUCUCCUUGGUGCUGUGUUCUGUCUGUGACUGAUGAAAACCUUUCAGACACAUGAAUCCGACCGGGACUCUGCAAUGAAAUGUAAACAGGCUGCAGGUGAACCGUGAACCAGAGGAGGGCUGCGGGGACCCGGCGGACACCGGACACGGUAUUAAACAGACGCACAGGUUCCGUCCAGGCGCACAGAGGAGCGCACCGCCCCGGCUCCGCUCAUGGCUCCGCGCUCCGCUCACCCAGCCGUCCCGGUCGCACUGCUGCUCUUCGGUCUGGUCGCCAUCCUGCUCCUCACGGUGCCCACGGAGGACGUCCGGGAGGUGCCGGGGUUCAUGUAUGGGAUUGUCAUGGAUGCAGGGUCGUCACACACGGCGUUGUAUAUGUACAAGUGGCCAGCAGAUAAGCAGAAUGGGACGGGCGUGGUCACCCAGCACGGAGAAUGUCAUGUGGACGGUGGAGGUAUCUCCAGCUAUGCGGGCCAACGGGGAGCUGCAGGGCGGAGUCUGGAGGCAUGUUUGGAUCAGGCUCUCAAGGAGAUCCCCAAACAACGACACCACCUGACACCGGUUUACCUGGGAGCCACGGCCGGCAUGAGGCUGCUGCAGAUCUCCAAUCCACAGCAGUCAGCUCAGAUCCUGCAGGAAGUGGGACAUAAAAUCCAGUCGUACCCGUUCAAGUACCAGGGAGCAGUGAUUCUGAGCGGUGAGGACGAGGGGGCUUACGGCUGGGUCACCGUCAACUACCUCUUAGAAAACUUUAUUAAGUACGGCUUCGUGGGGCGCUGGUUCAGCCCCGGCAGAGCCACCGUCGGAGCCCUGGACUUCGGCGGAGCCUCCACCCAGAUCACAUUUGUGACCCAGGAGGAGUUGGAGGAUGCGAAGGACCGGAUAAAGCUGCGUCUGUACGGUCAGGAUUACUCGCUCUACACCCACAGCUUCCUCUGCUACGGCAAAGACCAGGCCCUCAAGAGGCUGCUGGCACAUUUAGUCAAGGGGAACUCAGCGUCCAUCAUCCAUCCCUGUUAUCCAGCAGGAUACAGUCGAACUCUGAAGCUCAGCAACGUCUUCGACUCUCCGUGUACCGCCGGGUCCAAACCGCCGUCCUACAGCCCCCAGGCACUGCUGACAGUCCAGGGCAGCGGACACUACGAGCAGUGUCUGGGAAUCGUCACGGAGAUCUUCUCCUUCGACAGCUGCCCUUUCUCUCAGUGCUCGUUUGACCGGGUCUUCCAGCCCAAUGUCACUGGGAACUUUAUGGCAUUUUCCGCUUUCUUCUACAUUCACUCGUUCCUUCAGAGAGUCACUGGGAUCAUGGUGUCGACGCCAUUAGAUUUAGACGAGGCAGCCAGGAAAGUCUGCGGAUUAACAUUCAACCAAUUGCAGCUGGUCGCUCCAGAACAAACAUCUCGUUUGCAGGAUUACUGCGCUUCUGCUGUGUUUAUCAAAGUCCUCAUGAUGAGAGGCUACGGCUUCGAUGACAGGUCAUUCCCGAGGAUUUCCUUCCAGAAAAAGGCCGGCGAUGCCUCAGUGGGUUGGGCGUUGGGCUACAUGCUGACUUUGAGUAAUUUGUUGCCGGCUGAGACCCCGAUGGUGAGGAAGGCCCUGUCACCCGGAGCCUGGGGUGGCCUCAUCUUCCUCUUCGUUAUCCUUCUCAUUGCAGUCCUUGGAUUUAUUUUUCUGCGAGUUCGGGAUGGGAAUAAGAAAGGAGGCAGUGAAAGCACCAUUUAGACAUGAACUCGGUGCAGACAGGACUUUAUUUAAAACAGAGCAGUACAAUCUGCACUGAUGUUUACAACCUCAACUGGAAGGUCUGAAUAUAAUUUCACAUGUCAAUGAGGAACGGAAAAAAACAACAACCUGUGUUUAAGUGAAUGUGCAUAAAUGUGAAUGAUUUUUACAGUAAACUGAGGCACAAUGUACACAUUUCAACUAGUUUGACAAGUUACAAUUCACAUUUUAUCAUUUUUUUUAUUCACAGAUGUUUUUCAGGUAGAUUUGUUCUCAAGUACAAUCAAUGUGAGGCAUUUAUCACAUUAUUCUAUAAAGGAUUAAUAUUUAUUUUGGUAGACUGUGGUGCAGACAUUGAGCCGUAAUUUUGCUGAACUUUUAGAGAAUAGGAAAAUCAUAAUUAAGGGCGCAUCCUUAAAUGACUUAAUGGCCAAACCAAACUUUUUAGUGUAUGGAAAUUAUUUUACAGACUAUUACACAGUUUAAACAUAUUGUUUCUUUCUUGUCUUUUUUUUUUUUUUUUUUUUAAAUCAAUGACAAUAAUGAAUAUUAGGAGAAUAAUUAGCAAUUUACUGACUCUAAAUCUGCCAAAAUGUGUAUUUAUUCAUUAACGUCACUCUUCAAUAUUUUGGUUUUGAAUUUUACUUGAAUAAAAAAUAUUAAAAUACCAAUGUUGCUCAAAUUUGCUGUGUAAACAAACAGAGUGCAGGAAAUAGCCUUCAACAUUUUUUAUUUUUUUAUUUUUUAUGCUGUGCAGGUCUUGGUGUAACUCAGUGAUAUUUCUUAAAUCUCAUAUUUAUCGUUUUAUUGUGCUUUUACUUGUGUGUCAGUUAAACUGCAAAGUAAAAAGUAUUUCCUGUUAUGUGGUAGUCAACACAAGAGACAACUAACACCAAUAUUUAACCCCAUCAUUUGUUAAUUUAAAUACUUUUCACAUAGAAACUUGCAUCAGGAACAUCAUCACUUCUUUCUUUUGAGUAACUUAAUACUGAAUUUCAGUGUAGACAUUCCAGUGUUGACAUAAAAUUGUGAAAGCUGUUUUGAAUAAAGACUUUCUUAGAACUGA